GGAAGAGCGGACCAAUCUAUUGCUCGGAGGGCACAGCCAAUCUCAUCAUCCACAUGCUCGAUGUUGACCCCAAGUGGGUCCAUCCUCUACCACUGGACGUACCGACCGUCAUCCCAAAUACCGGUGGCGUUCAAGUCACUCCUAUAGAAGCAAACCACUGCCCUGGCUCUUGUUUGUUCCUAUUCGAGGGCCCGCAGACCAUAAACGCCGGCGACAGUGCGUACAAGUCGCCCUUCGUUGGCUCCCAGCGGGUCUUCCGGUACCUUCAUUGCGGAGACUUCCGUGCGUCGCCGAAACACGUCUUACACCCCGCUGUGAAGGGCAAGAAGAUAGACCAUGUCUACCUUGACACAACGUACUUGGAUCCGAAGUACUGCUUCCCACCGCAGCCGCUUGUCAUUUCCGCAUGCGCCGAGCUAGCUUCGAGGAUUGUCAAGGGCCAACCGACCUCCGGGAAAGGAUCGGGACCAGGUAGUCAAUCCGUCAAAGCCUGGUUGAAACCGCAAGAGAAAUCAGAUUCUUGCGCACCCGACAAAUCCGCAGCCACCGGGAAAGUACUUGUUGUAGUUGGGACGUAUUCCAUUGGCAAAGAACGCAUAGUCAAAGCCAUCGCGCACGCCCUCGAUUCGAAAGUCUACUGUGACAGACGCAAAGCUGCCAUCCUUAGAUGCCAGGACGACCCGGAACUGCACGCUCUACUAACGCCGGACCCUCUUGACGCCGUCAUCCACGUCGUCCCGCUGUCCGUCAUCACUUCCGAUAGACUCAAGGAAUAUGUGGAGCGAUUCAAGGGGCACUUCGAUAGAGCGGUCGGAUUCCGACCAACAGGCUGGACCUUCACCCAGCCAAGCGGAUCGGACACGCUUCCAUCCAUCUCUUCCGUCCUGGCUAAGAACCGACAGCGCCCAUUCACGCAUGCUGACCUUACUCCCCAGCGGAACUCGACACUCAAAUUCCAGCUAUACGGAGUUCCUUACUCUGAACACAGUUCAUUCUACGAGCUGACAUGCUUUGCUCUGUCGCUGGACUGGGGCAAGAUGAUUGCCACCGUCAAUGUUGGCAGCGAACGCUCCAGAGCCAGAAUGCGACGCUGGGUGGAUGCAUGGGAGAGAGAAAGGAAGGGGCAUCCGAAGGAUUAUAUAGUGUCGCCGAGGGAAGCAGAUUACUGGUAA